UUUGGUUAUUGGAUUUCAAUUUCUGUGCUACAUCAGAAGGAGAAAUGGAGGUGUCAAAGAAUUAUGGGCAUCAACAUCCACUUGUGUUGUUGAAUGAAGAGCAACUCAUCACCCAUCAAAGUGGAGUAAUAGCCGACUGCUCCAGGUGUGGGGAGAAGGUGUCUGCUCCAUGUUUUCGCUGUGCCGAGGACUGUGGUUUUUACCUUCACAAGGUAUGUGCCGACGCACCUUUGGAGCUUAAUCACCCUUUCCAUCGCAACCAUCCUCUUCUUCUUAUGCAAAAGGCACCUUAUCGAUGGAUUUGCGAUUUUUGCGAUGGAAUGGGUGAGAAGUUCGUUUAUCAUUGCUCUUGUGGUUUGGACUUGCAUAUUAAAUGUGCUUUGUUUACAUUUAAUAUUGCUCAAAAUAAUUUGAAAGCGCUUGAGCAUGUUGCCCUUGAAGAUCCUUUGAUUUCCACUAAAAUUGAUGUUAGAAAGUGCUUUGGGUGCUGGGAACCGUUAGCAAAUGAUGCGUACUUCUCUCCUCAUUGUGAGUUUAAUUUACACAAAAAACGUGCUAAGCUUCCUUUCAAACUGAAUCACAUGUGCCACCGCAAACAUCCGCUUCUCUUACAAUUCAAUAGCGAUCGGCUCUCUUGCAAGAUAUGCCAAGAAACCCGACGAAGAGGAUUUGUUUAUGGUUGUUCACCUUGCAAGUUUGCUAUCCACAUUCAAUGUGUAUCACCGAAACCCAUCAUUGAAGAUAAAAGUCAUCCACGCCCAUUCUCUUCGUUCUUGAGACAAGCUCCAUUCAUCUGUGAUGCGUGUAGUACCGAGGGAAUUCAUGUUGCAUAUACAUGUGGUACAUGCAGCGUUAUUGUCCAUAAAGAAUGCAUUUCAUUGCCACGUAUUAUCAAAAGCAGGUUCCAUGAUCAUCGUGUUUUUCACACAUAUUCCCUUCACAAAGAAGGUCUUGGAAGUUUGAAUUGUCUAAUAUGUCACGAUGAGGUCAAUACAGAUUAUGGAAGCUACUACUGUACAGAUUGCGAUAUCAUAUUCCAUGUGAAGUGUGCAACGAAGGACAGUGAUUGGUAUUAUGUUGUUCCACCAGAAAAUGAAGAUGAGAAGCCUCUUGAUGUUAACUCUAUCACUAAAGUUCUUGAGAGGAACGUUGCCGGAGAAGCCACAUUAAUAGAACAUUUCAAGCAUAAUCACUACUUAACCUUAAGAUACAACAACAGAGAGUACGGUGAUAAAUGUGUGAUGGGUGUAUGUUACCGGUCUCAGAUUCAUUCUAUGAUUGCUCUCAGUGUGAGUUCUUUCUUCAUAGAAGUUGUGCCGAAUUACCAAAAUGAAGAAUAUUUGGUUUCAUCAUUGCCAAUUAGCCGCCUCGUCCUUACUUCAGACGACAUUUUCGAAUGUGAACUAUGUGAUUGGGUUUCUAAUGGUUUUGCCUAUAAAUGUAAUGAAUGUGGAAGACGCUUGUGCCUUCGAUGUGCCUCUCUUAAACCGGGUUCUCUAACAUGUCCAGGACACCAACAUCCCCUUCUUCUGUAUAUAGAGGGUCAAGGAAGUGUAAUGCUUGUGGUGAGUAUGGUGCGGAGUAUUGGUGUAAAGAUUGCAAGUAUUCUGUCGAUGCUCAGUGUAUUCGACUGCCAGAGAGAGUAAGACACAAAUGCGACGAUCAUCUUCUUGCCCUCACUUAUCACGAGGUUAAUGAUUAUUCGAAACACCAUCGCUGUGACAUUUGUGAGAAAAGAACGGAUCCAAAGCUCUGGUUUUAUCAUUGUGCUACUUGUGAUACUUCUGCUCACGUGAAUUGCGCUCUCGGAGAAUAUCCAUUUAUCAAAACCGGGAGCAUCUACAAACAAGGGGAUCAUCCACACCCUCUCACAUUUGUGAAGAAGAUACAUUUGUGAAGAAGAUAAA